UCCCUCUGGGUCUGGGCUGGCGAAACGUAAAAUCAAUCCACUUCACUUCACUUCUCGCUGCUUUGCUGAACUGCAACUGCAUAUCGGUGUCCAUUAAAAGCAGCCAUGGCUUCGCUCUCCUUCUCUUUCUCGUCCUCGCUCCUUCCUUCGGUUUCUCUCGACAAUGGCUCCACUUCUUUCUCCCCCAUCCUCCGUAGGUCUUCUUCAGACUCCAAUACUUAUAUUGUUCGCUGUGCAUUCGCAGCCCCCGCUCGAAAAUCUCCUCCUCCUCCUCCCAAGAGACACUGGAAGCAAGGUGAAUUUCCAGGCAUUACAGGAACAUCGGCCCCCAACAAGACCCCUCUCAAGAAUGUCAAGAAGAAAUUAGACCGCAAAAACAACGCCAAGGCUUGGGCCAACACCGUAACUGAGGCCUUGUCAGACCAUAUCUCCAAGAAGCAGUGGCUUCAAGCUCUUCAGGUGUUUGAAAUGCUCCGCGAACAGCCGUUCUACGAACCAAAAGAAGGGACUUACAUGAAGCUGCUUGUUCUACUUGGAAGAUCUGGCCAAGCACAUCGUGCCCAUCAGCUUUUUGACACAAUGGUUGAAGAAAGAUGUGAACCUACCUCUGAACUUUACACUGCUUUGCUUGCUGCUUAUUCUCGCAACAAUCUCAUUGAUGAUGCAUUCUCCACUCUUAAUCACAUGAAGACCCUCCCUCGCUGCCAGCCUGACGUCUACACUUACAGUACCUUAAUCAAGGCCUGUGUCGAUGCAUCUCGCUUUGAAUUAGUUGAAUCUUUGUAUGAGGAAAUGGCCGAACGAUUGAUAACUCCAAAUACAGUGACCCAGAACAUAGUUUUAAGUGGGUAUGGCAAGAUAGGGAAGUAUGACCAGAUGGAGAAAGUUCUAUUAGGAAUGCUUGAGAGUACAAGUUGUAGACCGGAUGUGUGGACAAUGAAUAUAAUUCUUAGUGUGUUUGGUAAUAAGGAACAGAUCGAAAUGAUGGAAAGAUGGUACGAGAAAUUUCGCAAUUUUGGCAUUGAGCCAGAAACACGUACAUUUAAUAUUUUGAUAGGUGCUUAUGGGAAGAAAAGGAUGUAUGAUAAAAUGUCUUCUGUAAUGGAGUAUAUGCGCAAACUGCAGUUUCCUUGGACGACCUCGACGUACAACAAUGUGAUUGAAGCUUUUGCAGAGGUGGGAGAUGCAAAGAACAUGGAGUACACAUUCGAGCAGAUGUGUGCAGAGGGCAUGAGAGCGGACACCAAGACAUUCUGUUGCCUUAUAAAUGGAUAUGCUAAUGCAGGUCUCUUCCAUAAGGUGAUUAGCUCAGUUAAGUUAGCAGGAAAAUAUGAGAUUCCGGAGAAUACCUCAUUUUAUAAUGUGGUCAUAUCUGCGUGUGCUAAGGCAGAUGAUCUGAUAGAAAUGGACAGAGUAUUUAAGCGAAUGAAAGAUAAACAUUGUCAACCAGAUUGCAAAACAUAUUCUAUUAUGAUAGAAGCAUAUGGAAAGGAAGGUAUGAAUGACAAGGUUCAUUACUUGGAGUUGGAAAAGAAUCAGGUGAUCGAUGAUGCUUCUAAUGGAGAUGUUUAAAGAACUUGAAGCUUAUUGCCCCAGUCUGUUAAAUUGCUAUAUUGUACAUCUAAGAAAACCUAGUUUAUCCUUCAAAUCGCUGCCUCCAUACCCUGAGUGUUUUGCCAUAGCACUUUGACGAUCCUUCAGGCAAAUAUUAUUCUCUAAUAGGAAGUUUGCGGCUAACUGAAUUUGUUGUAUAGAGCUUAUGUAUCGAUAAUGCUGAUUAGUUUUUAGUGUCUCCCAACUCUCUCUAGUGAUGACAGUUUUAGGCAAUCUUGCCUUUUGUGCUGGAUAUA